UUCUCUUCCAUAACAAACACAUAAUAUUAAGCUAUUAUCCUCUUUCUUAUUAAUAGCUUAAAUUCUAACAUCUUAAGAGUGAUAAUUGCAAACUAAGAAAGAAACAAAAGAGAAUGGUGUUACUUGAGAUAUUUGCUUUGUUAGCAAUAUUAGUUCUCGUUUUUCUCUUGAAACUAAUAUUUUCUUGGUGGAUUUCACCGAUUCAAAGAAAUCAUAAGCUUCAAACAUGUGGGUUUCAAGGGCCAACCCCAAAUUUUCCAUUUGGAAAUAUUCAAGAGAUGAAAAAGAAGAACAGUGUUGAUUCUUCAUCCGGGUCCUCAAAGCUCACCCACGAUAUCCACUCCACUGUGUUCCCCUAUUUUUCUAGGUGGCAAAAUUCAUAUGGAAAGGUUUUCAUCUAUUGGCUAGGCGCAGAACCUUUUCUCUACAUUGCAGACCCUGAAUUCUUGAAGAAAAUGUCCACUGAAGUUAUUGCAAAGAGAUGGGGAAAACCAAAUGUGUUUAGAAAUGAUAGAGAGCCCAUGUUUGGAAAAGGUUUGGUUAUGGCUGAAGGCAGUGAAUGGGUUCACCAUAGGCAUGUUAUAGCCCCAUUAUUUUCUCCUCUUAACUUGAAGGCAAUGGUAAGCAUUAUGGUAGACUCUACAAAGCAAAUGAUUGAUAGAUGGAUUACGCAAAUCGACUCCGGAAACCCCGAAAUGGAUGUCGAAAGAGAGAUCGUUGCAACCGCAGGAGAGAUUAUAGCAAAAACAAGUUGCGGUAUGAAGGAUGAAAAUGCAAGGAAAAUUGGUGAAAAAUUACAUACCCUACAAAUGAAACUUUUUAAAACAACAAGAUAUGUAGGUGUUCCGUACAUCAAGUGCAUUGAAAUGAAAAAAACCCUAGAGACAAAGAAACUUGGGAAGGAGAUAGAUAAACUUUUGCUUUAUGUAAUUGAAACUCGAAAGGAAUCAAAAGUUAAACAGCAAGGUAGAGAAGAUUUGUUAGAUUUGUUGUUGCAAGAAAAUCAAGUUGAUGGAAAGUAUGGGAAAAUAUUGACCACAAAACAAUUGGUGGAUGAGUGCAAGACCUUUUUCAUUGGUGGUCAUGAGACAACAGCAUUGGCUAUUUCUUGGACUUUGAUGCUUUUAGCUAUGCAUAAAGAUUGGCAAAAUCAAUUGAGAGAUGAGAUAAGAGAAGUGGUUGGUGAUAAAGAUGUUGAUAUUAAUGUGCUUGCUGGAUUGAAAAAGAUGAAGUGGGUGAUGAAUGAAGCUUUGAGGCUCUACCCAACAGCACCAAAUGUUCAAAGGCAAUCUAGAGAAGACAUUAAACUUGAUAAUCUAACAAUUCCUAAUGGGACCAAUAUGUGGAUCGACGUUGUUGCAAUGCACCAUGACUCAUCAUUGUGGGGAGAAAAUGUAAAUGAGUUUCGACCAGAAAGAUUCAUGGAUGAUGUAAAUGGUGGAUGCAACCAAAAAAUGGGAUACUUACCUUUUGGAUUUGGAGGAAGAAUGUGUGUUGGUAGAAACUUGAGCUUUAUGGAGUAUAAGAUAGUGUUAACCCUUCUUCUCUCUAGAUUUAGUUUUAAUAUUUCCCCAAAUUAUAUUCAUUCACCUUGUAUUAUGCUCUCACUAAGGCCAGCUUAUGGACUUCCUCUAAUCGUUCAGCCGCUUUAAAUCCAUCCUUUAUUCCCAAAAUAAUUUUUAUGUAAUUUUUGGAAUGAGCUAGAGAGUCCUUGUUGCCAGACAAUUGAUGCAUGAUUCAGUAAUGAAUUACUUUUUUUUCUUUUAUAA